AUGUCUGGAUUUAAGGCGCUUGAUUCCCAGUUUCCAAAGGGCCAUAUUGAAUAUAUGGACAGUGUGGACAGGAUUGUAAAGUCCACCAAGACGACGACAACCACCGAGACGACGGAGACGAUCCAUUUUCGUGUGCCAAAGCCCAUUCUACGCUCUGGCUCCCCUCCAAAAACUCAGCGAAAAUUGGCGAUAACGACCGAGACGCAUCAUCGCCGAGUUCCGAAUGGCGCGUGUGAACAGUCUGAGAUGGCCAAGCUGAUGCGCGAGUACGAGCAACUCGAGGUGGACAUUGAUUCGCUGACUUUGGAGAAGGAUUUGCUGGGGACUGGCUUAGCCGUUGAAAGCAUCCGUUGCGGGCAGCAGGAAAUUGCGAAAAAAGGCUCGUCCCCUCGGAAAGAGGCGAAGGUGAAUUUUAAUCUACCGUUAGUAGAACAGCGUGCCGGGACCUCGAAAAUCAUCCCAGAAGAACGUCUUCAGGCCCAAAUGUUGGGAAUCACCCAGAAAAAG